UAAAUUUCAGUGUUUUUUGCUUUAAAGAUUUACAAAAAAUCCUGCAGUACUUGAAAUACUCAAAGAGCAGUUGCUGUUAGGAUGAGUUUUCAAAUCGCCUGCUCUGCUGAUGUGUUGACGUUCAAUGAUUUUGCCAUAAGUGGAUAUAUUCCUGUUAAGGCAGAUCUGUGUUCAAGAUAAAUUUAAUCCUAAAAUCUUGACUCUGUAGAUUGUUGAUGAAAGUAUGGAAUUCACAGUUUAAUAUAUUUUAUUUAUAUAUUUUUUUAGCUUAAUAUAUUUUAAAGUUGUUAAAUAUGUCUUAGGUGUCUCAAGUUAAUUUGAAUUCAGUCGAUGCUAUAAACUACAGACUUUUUGGAUGGAUACAAAUCGAGUUUUUUUUUCUUCUGAAUUUGGUAUCCUUGGGGAUGGAACAGGUGGCUGUUGACAAAAUAUAUUCCAUCUGUAUUAUUUUCAGAAUUCAGAAUUUGAAUUUGGUAUGUGUUCAGCACUUUCAUUGUUCUGCUCUUACCUUUCAUGUAAAUGGCUCUUUUUCAAAAUUUUUAGUUGCAGUGUUGCGCGAGUGUGGUUUCAAAGAUGGGAGGUGCUGUGAGUGCCGGCGAAGACAACGAUGAGCUGAUAGACAAUUUGAAGGAAGCGCAGUACAUCCGGACUGAGCUGGUGGAGCAGGCCUUCCGAGCGAUCGACCGUGCAGAUUAUUAUCUUGAAGAAUUUAAAGAAAAUGCUUAUAAAGACUUGGCGUGGAAGCAUGGAAACAUCCACCUGUCCGCUCCAUGCAUCUACUCGGAGGUGAUGGAAGCCCUGGACCUGCAGCCUGGGCUCUCCUUCCUGAACCUGGGCAGUGGCACCGGCUACCUUAGCUCCAUGGUGGGGCUCAUUUUAGGGCCUUUUGGGGUGAACCAUGGUGUGGAGCUCCAUCCGGACGUGAUUGAGUAUGCAGAGCAGAAGCUCGACUUCUUCAUCAGGACCAGCGACAGCUUCGACAGGUUUGACUUCUGUGAGCCUUCCUUUGUUACUGGCAAUUGCUUGGAGAUUUCUCCCGAUUGCUCUCAGUACGACCGGGUGUACUGCGGGGCCGGCGUUCAGAAGGAGCAUGAGGACUACAUGAAGAGUCUUCUCAAGGUGGGGGGCAUCCUGGUCAUGCCCCUGGAAGAGAAGUUGACGAAGAUAACACGCACCGGCCCGUCUGCCUGGGAGACCAAGAAGAUCCUGGCUGUCUCCUUUGCCCCUCUGGUCCAGCCACGCCGCUCGGAGUCAGGGAAAUCUAGACUUGUCCAGUUACCCCCCCUGGCGGUCCGCAGCCUCCAGGACUUGGCUCGCAUCGCCAUUCGGGGUGCCAUUAAGAAGGCCAUCCACCAGGAGGCAGUGAGCAGAAGUGGGGGCGGACUGAAGACCACUCCCAGGUUCAAGCGAAGGAGAGUUCGCCGCCGUCGAAUGGAAACCAUCGUCUUUUUGGACAAAGAGGUGUUUGCCAGUCGGAUUUCCAACCCCGCUGAGGACACCAGCUGUGAAGGGUUGGACGUGGAGCAGCGGGAGGAAGAGCAAAGCCGGGUGGAGGCGAGGCCGGAGCCCCCGGUGAAUGUCCUGCGGGAGAAGGUCCUGCGCCUGCCCCUGCCUGACCCCCUGAAGGGCUACCUGCUCUACUACAGGGACAAGUGAGCCAGGCACGGCGCAGGCUGUAGCCAGCGGAGGCCCCCUGUCUGCACAGCUCUUCCGGUCGAUCUUCAUCAUCUUGUAGAAUUUUCAUUAAAUGGUAGAUUUCUUUAAAUAUAAUCUGACAGAUGUAAGUGCGUGGGAGAAUGUUUCAUUGAAAGGGACCGAGUUUCCUAGGGCAAGAGGUUACGCCCAGCUCUGCCCGAGACAGGUCUGCGUUAGAGGGACACUGCGGCUGGCACUCGCCCUGUUGCUCAGAGCGUGAAGGGAAGCGUGGCCUGUGGUGUGUGAAGUUCUUUCUGGGUGCGACACACCUGUUUCCACGUUUGAAUUUGACGUUUGUCAGCCUCUUAACUCAUGGCCCUGACAUCCUCUAAACCCAGUUUUCCAGAGCGGGUGCAUUCUGGAAAAGCCAUCUUGUAAAGUAAUUGGAGUAACUACGGGAGUCGUCAGUUGUAGUUUUUUCUAAUUGUGUUGAGGGAGCAGGAAUAAAAGUGUGAAGCUGCCAGGUAUCUUUUAGGAAUUCCAAAAGAAUUCCAAGGAAUUUUUUCCCCAACACUUUUAUCUUCAAAAGAACUAAUGUCCCCCUGGCCGGGUAGCUCAGUUGGUUAGAAAGUCGACCCAGUACACCAGGGUUGCGGGUUCGAUCCCAGUCAGGGCACAUACAGAAAUCAGCCAAUGAGAGCGCAAGUAAGUGGAACCACAGACCAGUGUCUCUCCCUUCCUCUCUCUAAAGUCAAUCAAUCAAGAAAUAAAAGAACCAAAUGUCUAGUAAUCCCUGGAAGAAUAGCCUGAAGAAUGAAUUGAGUGUCGUGUGUUGGUAAUAAACUGUUAAACUUCACCCGGCCAUGGGGAUGGCUGUGGUCCUCAUGCGGUCUCGGGUCUGAGGGUGACGGGCUUGUCCUCAGAGCAGGUGGGGCUGCGGCCUGGACAGAGGCCUCUUAGGCGGCCUGUGCUUUUCUUAACUUGAGGUGGUAUUUUCUGUAAUCCCAUUAGAGUACUGACUCAGAUUUUAUCUUUUGUAAUUCUGGAGAAAAAUACCUGUUUUGUAAUUUUUCUUAAGAACAAAUCUCUGUAUUUUGGUAGCUCCACUGCAUUAGAGCAGUUUACUCACGGGGACCGAGCACCGGGCCUCCUGUCAGGGCUUCCGUCUGAUCAGGCUCUGGUCCAGAGGAGGGUCUUGGCAGGCUGUUUUGAAGUUACAUCACUGAUUCCAAAACACCUUUUCCUUUUUUUUUACCCAAAGAAAAGAGUAGUAUUAAAUGUUACAACAGUAAACCCAAACUCAGCGCUGAAGUCAGAUCCCCGUCCAGAUUCAGGAUGAGUUUUAUCCAGUAGCCUCUGGGGUGUUGGCUGAGGUUCAGUGUCUCUGUGGUUUCAACCAGUUAACUGAGUUUUGGUUAUUUUUUUUUUCUUACCUUUUUGCUGUGUUUAGUGACCGGGUCAUUUCUGUCACAGGAUGCUAUGUGCUGGAGUCGCUGGGAAAGCAUGCGUUUUGUCCUAGGCUUGUACAUUUAAGCUGCUAUUGAGAAGGCCCUUCCUGGCUGUUGUUGAACUGCCUGUAACUCAGAUCGUCUGUCAGAGAGGAGAACAGGGUGUGUUGACUCGCUAACUGCAGGGCGACAUCAUUCUAUUUGAUAUGUAGAGGCCUGUGCAAAAUGUGGGCAUUUUUGGACAUGACGUUAAAUAAAUGGUAUCUUUGAAAUCUG